AUGUACUGGGUACACAUGCUCACCUACCUCGGGGCAGUCUAUGCAGCCUCGUCAUCCGAAAGUCGAAAGCGGGACUUGGCGUCCAUCCAGUCCUCCCUAGACGCCCUCAAUGUCGGCCUUCAGAGGAUCGACACGGCCAUCCUGGGUCUCGCAACGGGCACCGGUGCCUCACUGCUGGAGCUUGGCCAGCAGGCCGUCCCCCUCCUCCAGAAUGCCAGCGCCCAGAUCCGGCAGUCGGAGCCGCUGAGCCUCGAGGACUCCCUCAACCUCGCCACGACGACGCAGGCGCUGCGCCAGAACACCAACCUCACCAUCAACGACCUGAUCGCCCAGAAGCCCUUGAUCGACGCGGCCAACUCGACGGCCCUCGUGGCCGCAGCCCUGCAGCAGCAGCGCGACGCGAGCAGUGACGUGGCCAUCGCCCUCACCAACAAGAUCGCGCCCAACACGCCCGACGUCGUCCCCGCCCUCAACGAGCUGUCCGGUAUCUUUGACCGAGCUAUAGCCGUCUUCAGCGGUACGGACCCGGGCGCCGCCGGGCAACUACCGCCCGCUCCUACCUUGACGGCGUCGCCGACAGCGGACCUCUCGCCCGUCACGCUCCCUGCGCCGACACCUCCGACGGCCGGUGCAAUGUCGGCGCCAGUGUCCGGGAUGGGGACUAUCAACCCUGAUGGGUCCUGCAAUUGCGCGGUCGAAUGCCCUGCCGGCUCGCUGGGUGGCGCAAUGGCCAUGAGAUUUAUCUAG